AAGAAAAAAGGCAUUUAAACAAGCGGUCUUUACCAGUGAGUGAUAGGAAAUACAUUGAGAUGAUGAUUGUUAGCGAUUCAACAAUGUUUGAUUACCAUGGCAACGAGAUGGAGAAUUACCUGAAGACUGUCAUGUCCAUUGCAGCAUCAACAUUUCGCAGCCCUUCAAUUUCAGUGAAUAUUUCUCUGCAUGUUGUACGCUGUUUGGUGCUAGAGGCAAAAGAGGUAGAUCCGGUGAUCGUGCCCGAUGCCCAGUCAUCACUAGGUAACUUCUGUGACUGGCAGAGACGUGUGUAUCCUGAAGACAUACACGAUCCUCAACAUUUUGAUAUAGCCACUCUGAUAACGAGGCAUGACUUGUCAAGAAAAGACCUCAUCACAGGGUCCUCUAUACGUGGUGUCCUCGGGCUAGCCAAUAUUGCGUCUGCUUGCGUCAAGUCAAGACGCUGCGCCAUUGUAGAGGAUAAUGGACUGGCAACGGGUCUGACAGUGGCACAUGAAAUAGGGCAUGUUCUGGGUAUGGAACACGAUGGUGCCGGAAAUCGCUGCCUGACCUCGGGUCACAUCAUGGCUUCUGUGACGUCAUCGGGACCCGGUGCUUACACUUGGUCGCGGUGCAGUGUGGGAUAUCUAAAUUCAUUUCUGAGAUCGCCAAUAUCACAUUGUCUUAACGACGAACCGGAUAUGAAUAAGAACCUUUCCCUCUAUCGGGGUUGGCGACCCGGUCAACUCUUUCACCGAAAUGAACAAUGUAGAUUCCUCUAUGCAGACAGCAGUGGGGCGUGUUCACACAGACAGAGUGACUGUGAAAAGCUAUGGUGUCUUAGAAUGAAUAGUGAAAAGCAAAUAUGUAGCACCAAUCGAGCUCCUCCGGCUGACGGCACGGAAUGCGAUGAAGGAAAGUGGUGCAUUGGAGGGGAGUGUGUUUCUUACGGAGCCGAAGGUCCUGAACCAAUACACGGACAGUGGUCCGAAUGGGAGCCGAUGUUCUCCGAUUGCUCCCGAACCUGUGGCGGAGGGAUCCGAAGAAAACGUCGACACUGCAAUAGUCCCACCCCAUCUUUUGGUGGAUCCCACUGCCAGGGUGAAGACAUUCAGAUAGAAGCAUGCAAUGUGUUUGACUGUCCCGGAUAUUCCCAGUACCGGUUUUCAGAAGAACAGUGCGAAUCAAGGAACCGAAUUCCUUACAAGGAUCAACUCACAUCAUGGGUGCCUUAUACGGAUAGAAGUCGAAUAUCUGGGGAUGAUUUCUGCAAGCAUAGCUGUGUGUCUUAUGAUCUCAAGAAAGUAGUCAAGUUUGGUCGCUUCAUAGAUGGUACUCGAUGCGAUGGGGUUCAUCCUAUAGGAGAAUACACGGCAAUGUGUGUUGAUGGAGAAUGCGAGUAUUUUGGAUGUGACCUGGUGAAAGAUUCGAAUCGACGGUUUGAUUCUUGUGGCGUUUGUGAUGGAGAUAACUCAACAUGCGAAUUACAAACUGGAACCAAACGCAUUCUACCAUCUAACGAUUAUACAACUGUUUUAGAGGUCCCGGUUGGUUCGACUUUCAUCAAUAUUACACUCUUGUGUGGAGGUUGUCAUUUGGCCUUGAUGUCACAUGGCCAAUACGUGUUCGGCGGUGAGGGAGAAAGGGGAAAGUCCCGCGCAUACUCGAUGGGCGAUGACGUCAUUUCAUACGUUGGCCGAGAGGUGGAAAGCAUCCAAAUCAGAGGACAUAUACGCUCAAAUUUGACUAUACAAGUUUCGCCAUUUUCAGGCGAUGUGGUAGAAGAUGAUGAUAGAGGUUCGGAGGUGAGAUGGGUUUUCUUCAAACCGAUCAAAGAAAGACCAGUAUAUCGGUGGAAUGUCGUCAGUACACCAUGCAGCAAGACAUGUGGCUUCGGAAUACACACACCUGAAGUAAUCUGCAAGCAACUAGAAUCAAAUGGAAUAAUUGAUAUUAGAUCUGUCGAACCUUACCAUUGCCUGCAUCUCAAGAAACCUGAUCUAAUACCAGAGCCGUGCAACGAGUUCGACUGCCCGUACAGAUUGGAGGUGGGAGAGUGGGGCGACUGUUCAGUGUCUUGCGGUGUCACAGAAGUGAGGGUCCGUCAGGCGUAUUGUGUCCGGGAGAACACGCCUGGAUUGACGGAGAUCCUACCGUAUGAGACGUGUGAUAGCGAGGAUAAGCCGAUGCUUGAAGAACCGUGUAAUGCACCAGUUUGUACUGACGGCGGAAAAGCCUCAUGCAAUGGGACGAUCGUUGCAUCGCAGGGGUCGUUCGCUUCACCCAAUCAUCCCGGUUACUAUCCGACAAGCGUUAACUGCAUGACCCGGAUUCAAGUUAAUCCGGGUUACUGGAUUGAUCUGACUUUCGAAAGCUUUGACUUCGAAUCGUCUCCUGAAUGCAUCUUCGAUUAUGUAGAGGUAUUUGAGGAGAAGGAAGAUGGAUCAUCAACUUCAAUUUCAAAACUUUGUGGAACAAGGAAAUUUAGUUUCUCCAUCGUGGUAAAAUACUCCUCAGCCAUCGUCUUGUUGCACAGUGACAGCAUUGUAACUCGACGAGGUUUUGUUGUCAAUUUUAGUGAGCUUGAUCCUUAAAAACUAAUUCUUGAACUUUAUCAAUAACGAUUUCAAGACUUGAAUAGCACACAAACAUAAUUAGCAACUGAUUUAUUAAUAUUCAUUUUUGACAGCAUUGUAACGCGACGAGGUUUUUGGGCCAAUUUUAAGUGAGCUUGAUCUUUAAAGAUUAAAAAAUCUUUAAAACUUUCAUCAAGAAUUAUUUAAAAAAGGAGGGACAAAAUAGGACACAAGACAAGACUGAUCUAUAUUAAUAUCAUUUAUUUUUUAAAGCAUUGUAAUACCACAGAGCAUAGUUGCCAAUUUCAGUGAGCUUGAUUCUUAAAGAUUAAAUAAUUAUUAAAGGUUUUAUCAAGGGUAAUUCAAAACGAGAGAUGAAACAGAGUACCGAAUUAUGACAUCAUCAAUUUUCCCAUUUUGUAUGUCAGCGUUUUUGAUACCAUAAUUUGGUAGAGUAUGAUGAAAUACAUCCAAUACCAAAAUUUGGUGGAUUCGGUUGAUGGGGGCCAUAGAUAUGACUUCAUAAAUACACAAUUAGCUCCAUUUAAAUCAAUGUAUUAUUGGCCUGGUUUUAAAUGUUUGGAACCAAGCCAAUAAUACAUUAACUUUAAUGGGACUAAUUAUGUACCCAUAAGGUCAUCUCUAAGGCCCCAAUAGACCAAUACCCACCAAAUUUUGGUAGUGUGUGUUUUCAUCAUGCCCUGCAGAGGUAUGGUAUAAAACAUGCUGAAGUGCAAAAUAAAAAUUGUGACGUCAUCACUUCGGUACUCUUUAGGGCACAAAAUAAGACUUUCCACAACUGUUAAUAUUUUUUUUAUUAUUUGACAACACUGUGACGCUCUGAGACAUUGUUACAAGUUGAGUUAUAUCUUUAAGAUUAAAUAAAAAUUUGAAGGCUUGAUUUAGGACAAUCUAAAAGGCGCGAAGCGCAGUUAUAUGUAUACAUGAAUACUUAAACACCCCUUUAUUGUUGAAAAAUGAAAUGAAACCAAUUAAGUUUCUAAGCAUAUUAAUGAUUAUAAAAUAUUCACUAUCAUAACUAUGACAAGUAAUCUUAGCACCUCGAAGAUUUUGGUCCAAUAUGAUAAUCACAAACAAUUAGAAAUAAUCUAUAAUAUAAUGUUAUGCGAAAAUAAAGUAUGAGUACACCUUUUCAAAGUUGUUGUACAACUUCGGUUCUUGAAUGCACUUUCUUGAAUAAUACAGUACACAAUACACACAAUGCUGAUGACAGAAUAACAAGUAUACGAUUCACAAAAAUGUCAUGCUCUAUAAAGAUGUAAAGAUAAACAAUUAAGAUGUUUUACAGCAAAAUAUUAUAUUCUUCGUUUGAUUAUAAGGCAUAAUAAGCAUAAUACUCUGUUAAUAGUAUGUACCCAUCUAAACACCCCUGUGAUAUUUUGAGAGCUUUAAAAAUGGGGAGCAAUAACAAAUAUUUGCGUUUAUCAAUUUUCAUCAAAACUGUUAAAGGUCAAGUCCACUUCAGACAAAUGUUGAUUCAAAUCAAUAAAAAAAA